CCCAGGUCUCCGCCCCUUCUCUGGAAAAAAGUUCUUAUAGUUUUGACUUCAGUUUCAUCAUCAAGGCUGGGAGCAAGGAGAGAUGUGCGGAACGAACACUGAUCUGGAAAAUAAAGGUGGUGGAAGUGUCAACCAGUUAGGAGGAAUGUUUCUCAACGGAAGACCUCUCCCACAACCCAAGAGACGAAAAAUGAUUCAGCUGGCCUUGGAGGGAGUCCGUCCAAGCCAGAUCUCCAGGAUACUCAGGGUGUCCAACGGGUGCGUCAGUAAGAUCCUGAGCCGCUACCGGCGCACAGGACUCCUGGAACCCAAGACCAUCGGUGGGAGCCGCCCCCGACUUCUCACCCCCGGUGUCAUCUCCACGAUCAUCCAAUGCAAAAGGGAAAAUCCGACUAGUUUUGCUUGGGAAAUCCGAAAACGUCUCGCAGCGGCGCGGAUAUGCAAGGCCUCCAACGUCCCCAGCGUGUCGUCCAUAAAUAGGAUUUUAAGAAAGAUCCACUUGGACCGCGGACCAUCGUGGAUGGACCUCAACGCUGAUGUCAGGGUUGAGCAGGAUUUGUAUUCUCUGGCUCAAGAAGAAGCAAAGAAGUUUGAGAAGUUUGAGACAGAGUGCAGUAAAAAACAGAAAUCCAAAGGUGUGCAGCACAGAAUCCGCACCACCUUUACACCAGAGCAGAGCAGAACACUUGAGCAAGAAUUCUCUCGCAGCCAGUAUGCUGAUAUGUACACAAGAGAGAAGCUAUCUGCUGAAAUUAAACUUCCAGAGGACACCAUCAAGGUCUGGUUUUCUAACAGACGUGCUAAAUGGAGGAGAGAAGCCAAGCAGAGAGGUAGUACGCAGACAGCUGAAGACUUUCAAAAGCAAAAUGACUUUGUUCCUGUAAAUCCAACAAUGACACACAGCUUCACAUCUCAACAGGCUACUGGAAUGGCAAAAGUCAAUGCUGACAGCUCCUCAUACAGCACUGUUACAAGGAAGCUGCAAAAUUGCUGCUUCUUCCCAACAGAAACAGGCGUGAGGAAUUCUGAAUGUCCGACAUCCUCAUUUCUCCAUCUGCCGAGUGACAUACAAAACAUAGAAAAAACUCCUCUGGAUCUCCAUAGAGAUGGAUACACUUUCCCACUGGUUCCCCACCACACAGACAUGAGGAGAACCUGCCCUUUGGCAACAAAGACAGGGGGGCCAGACUGCCCCGUGAUUCAACAGUGGAACCAGCAGGGAAUGCCUUUUACCUGGAGUCAGUUUCAAACAAAUGAGCAGUUUCUGUUGGUCCCGGAUGUGAAUCAGCAUCUCUACAUGGACUGAUAGUGAGACCAGUGAAUCAGCCGGAAGAGCUUUUGACUACUGCUUAAUUCCUCGACUGAAGGGACACUUAUAAACCAGUAGAGGGAGACAAAGUAUGGACCUAACAAUUUUGUCCUUUCCGUCCAUUGCCUCUUAAUUGCACUGCAGCUCGACUCAUCACUUUUCCUUGAGUCUGUGCUGUUGGCACGCAAUGUAAUCUUUGAUUGGUAAGAUAAUUAAAUUAAUUCACUAAACCCAUUUGCAAUGAAGCAAACUUAAUGUGACUUUAUAGCACCAGAAGGGAUGAAAAAAUAGAUAAGAUGAGGAUGAUAAUAAACUCUUUCUUGGAAGCGAUUUUUUUUUUUAUUGAUAGCUAUCGCCCAGCAACAAGGACAAUAAAGCUAGGUUCAAGUUAAAGAGGGUAGAGUUUAGUACUGAUAGAGAUUAUUAAGAGAUACAUUUUAAUCUCAUAGUAUAAUCUUUAAUGAAUACUUUACUGUGCUCCUCAGUUAUAUAUCAGUUUUAAAGACUUGUUGACUCCAACGUAAAUGAUUGCUCCAUGGAUCAUUUAAGGUUACCACAUGAUGAUAUGGACGUUAUCUCCUUUAUAUUGUUAGGCUUGACAUUUGUGUCAGUGUAGGAGCAUAAGGAACACAUCCAAGAUUUCAGUCCAGGAAAAGCCGGUGGGAGAAUCCCUAAAAAAUCCCUAAAGUUUAAAUGCGACCUGAUAUCUGUUCCGCUCGGUAUCACUUUUUACGACUGCAACAGGGCAGCGGCAUUGAGUUCCUUUAUAUCCCUUUACUACAGUGAGGAGACAGUAAGUCUCUGAGUUUACUGAUAAUUGGUCAGCAGGGGAAAGAUUGGGUUCAGAAUACAAAUAGCUUGGUCAGCAGCAUGGAAGUGGCCUACUGGCGAAAUGACCCCCACUGGAAUAUAACAUCACGAAGCCAGAUAGGUAAAUGAUAUCUCCACGUUUGUGUUGUGACUGUUUCUGAAACAUCCACCAAUCUUGCAUAAAUUGAGGCAAGUUUUAGGAUGACUGCAUAUGAAUUUUUAACGGCAGGUACUGAACACAUGUAUUGAAUUUACAUGCAGUUUUCAAGUGUUUUUAUGCUGAUUUAUGACACAUUUCAAAGAUCAAUAUCUCUAAUAUAAGACUUUUUUUUCAGCUCCAGUGAUUUCUUUACAGUUUGUGCUUAUAUAGUAAAAUAUCCUAUGGUUUUCUUACAAGAUACAAUACAUUUUUAUAUGGAUUGCGCCCAUUGUGCCCUUGUGCUUCCCAACAUUUUUGGUUGCUAGCAUUUCCUCUUCUAAAAUCUUCAGCUGUUUUAACCUUUUCUAGGUAGAGAAAUGUAUCCAUGAAUUCAGGUUCUCAUAGAUUACUUAUCUACUGAUAUUUACUGUAAAAUAAAACUAAAUCCAUUCUGACAUCCUACAGUAUUACAAAGUGAAUAGUAUGUAAAGUCUACAGCAGCAGGCAUGCCCAAUUCUUGUUACAAGGCUUUUAAUCGGUAUAUGUGGUAUUUUUUUUAUCUGUUGUACUGCUUUUUUUCCCCCUAAGCAAUAAACCUGAAUACUUAGUGCACUACUUUAAAAGCCUUCAUAUACUAAUUUGACAGAAAUAUUAAUCUUACAUCUGGAGGAUUCUCUGUAUCUUAUCUCAUAUUGAGCAACUAAAACUUUAGGAAUUGCUGAAAAGCACAUCCAAGUUCAACUGAACCUCACUCUAGUCUGGGAUGUCCAAAUUUGUUAUCCAAAUGUUCCUGACAUGUUAUUAUUUAUCUCCUUCCCUUGUUGUAUGUAUGACCCCCGUUGCUUUAGCCACUUAAG